GAAAUGAAAUGCGCGCACUUAACUGCUGCGCCACCAGGCCGGCCCCACCUGCUCUAUUUUGACUCCUGUGGUGGCAGAAUUUGGUAACGUCUUGGGAGGAAGAGAAGAGUCAAGGAGAACUCUUGGCCUUUUGUCCUGAGCAACUGGAGGAGAAAGGUUCCUUUAAUAGAGAUGUGGAAGAUGCCAGCGAGAGGCAGGUUUGGGAAGAAGAGAGGCGUUCCUGUCGGGACCUGUUAGGUAUGAAAUAGCUCUUAAGCACCCAAAUGAAAAUGUUGAGGUGGCAGAGAGAUAGAAGAGUCUGGAGUUAGUGAGCAGUCUGGGCUAGAAAUGUCGAUUUGGGAGUCGUCAGGCUAUAGUUGGUGUUUCAAACUAUGUGACUGGAUGAAAUCACCGAGGGAAUGAGUCGAGAAAGAAACGGGAGAUAAAAGGACAGGACUUGGAAGCACUCCAGUUUCAGGGGUCAGAGAAGAUAAGAAGAACCAGUCAAGGAGAUGGACAAGCAGCUGCCAAUGAAGGACAAGGAAACCCAGGAGAGUCUGGAAACCAGGGGAAGGCAUGUGAGUUGGGCUUUGAUGGUUGAACAGGAGUUUGUUAGGCCAGUGGUCCUCAAAGUGUGGUCGCAGACUAGCAGCGUCAGCAUCAGCAUCUGGAAACUUGUUAGGAAUGUGCAGAGUCUCCAGCCUCACCCCAGAUCUACUGGAUGAGAAACUCUGAUGGGGAGGGCCCUCCAGAAGAUUCUGAUGCAGCCGGAAGUUUGAGAGCAACUGCCCUAGGCAGAAAAUUGCCUGCACAAAAUUACAAAGAGGAUCAAGAAGAAGAACCCCCCACCCCAAACACACACACACACCACUACCAUUUUCUUUACUGGAAGAGAACAUUUUUAAAGACCCACCUAGUGCUCAGAGCAAAUUUGUAGCAAAUUUGCUCCCCUUCCCCAUAUCAUCACCCCCAUCCCCCACAUCCCUGUUUAGAAACCUUCUACUAAUUUAUCAUGGCUCUUUGGAGGGGAGGAAUGCCCCCAUUUCACCGGACGGAGGGAAUGCCGAGCACCAGGCAUGCCAGACAUUCCACUGCUAAAAAAAGGGGGGUGGUAGUCCAGGGUUAGCUUGACUGGGCCAUACACGCUGAAACUCCUGAGAUAGAUAGCUUAUUCCACCCAACAGUUUCCAAUUCUUCCUCUAGGUUUUCCCAGGAGAAUUCCACCCUCUUCCAUUUUGGGGAGAAGAAGUUAAAAUUAGGGCCAGCCCUGCAGGACUGGCAUGCCAGAUGCGGGGAGGCUGUCCCCAUUAAUAAGCUGGUUCCCACCGCGGAUGGGCGGAGCAGGUCGCCUCCAGUCCCAUUCCAGCCUAGGGGCUCCUGGAAGGCUUGCCUCUUGCAAGUGUCUACAAGGGGUCUGAUCUCAAGCUUUAAAACCCUGAGCCACGCACCGCAUCCUGACCUCUCCUCUCUCCCAGCCAGUCCUGGCUGGCUUUUCAAAAGUGUGCAGUUGUCUCCUCCCCGCCCAGCCCUAUCCUCGCCCAGGACCAGCUGUGCGGUGGGCCGGCUUCACUCGGGACGCGAGCAGCCCCGCGGCGGCAGCCGAGGGAGCGGCGCUCUCCAUUCAGGCACCCUCAGCUUUCCGCUUGGAUCCGGGAGCCGCUUUGCAAAGUUGGGCAGCUCCUAGUGCACACUUGGCCUCUCCACUUCUCCCUCCCCGGGUUCCCGGCGCCCCCGCCUCCCACGCUCCCUUCCACCAGGAGCAGCCGGUCCCAGCUAGUUGGCAGCGUGUACCCCUUUCCGGUUCUACUCCCUGAAGCGCGACAAUGCUGUUAAGGGGCGUCCUCCUGGCAGUGCAAGCCCUGCAGCUGGCUGGGGCGCUGGACCUGCCCGCUGGGUCCUGCGCCUUUGAGGAGAGCACCUGUGGCUUCGACUCGGUGUUCGCGUUCCUGCCGUGGAUUUUAAAUGAGGAAGGCCAUUACAUUUACGUGGACACCUCCUUUGCCAAGCAAGGGGAGAAAGCUGUGCUGCUAAGUUCUGACUUACAGGCUGAGGAAUGGAGCUGCCUGCGUUUGGUCUACCAGAUAACCACAUCUUCAGGGUCUCCCUCAGAUCCCAGCCUGCUGAACCUCUAUGUGAGAUUUGAAGAUGAAAGCUUUGAUCGCUUGCUUUGGUCAGCUAAGGAACCUUCAGACAGCUGGCUCAUAGCCAGCCUGGAUUUGCAAAACACUUCCAAAAAAUUCAAGAUUUUAAUAGAAGGUGUGCUAGGACAGGGAGACACCGCCAGCAUUGCCCUCUUUGAAAUCAAGAUGACAACCGGCUACUGUAUUGAAUGUGACUUUGAAGAAAAUCAUCUCUGUGGCUUUGUGAACCGCUGGAACCCCAACGUGAACUGGUUUGUCGGAGGAGGAAGUGUUCGGAAUUCCCACUCCCUUCUUCCGCAGGAUCACACCUUCAAGAGUGAACUGGGACACUACAUGUAUGUGGACUCAGUUUACGUCAAGCACUUCCAGGAGGUGGCCCAGCUCAUCUCCCCGAUGACCACGGCCCCCAUGUCCGGCUGCCUGGCGUUUUAUUACCAGCUCCAGCAGGGGAAUGACAAUAUCUUCUCCGUGUAUACUCGGGACGGGGCCGGCCUUUAUGAGGAGAUCUGGAAAACAGGCAGCCCAGGGAAUGCUGUCUGGAACCUCGCCGAGGUGGAGUUCAGUGCUCCGUACCCCAUGGAGGUUAUUUUUGAAGUUGCUUUCAAUGGUCCCAAAGGAGGAUAUGUGGCCCUGGAUGAUAUUUCUUUCUCUCCUGUUCCCUGCCAAAAUCAGACAGAGCUUCCUUUCAGCGCGGCAGAAGCAAGCUGCAAUUUUGAGGAAGAUCUCUGCAACUUUUACCAAGAUAAGGAAGGUCCAGGCUGGGCCCGAGUAAAAGUAAAACCAAACAUGUAUCGGACCGGAGACCACACUUCAGGCACAGGGUAUUAUCUGCUGGCCAACACAAAGUUUACAUCGCAGCCUGGCUACAUUGGAAGGCUCUACGGUCCCUCCCUGCCGGGAAACUUGCAGUAUUGUCUACGUUUUUAUUACGCCAUCUAUGGAUUUUUAAAAAUGAGUGACACCCUCGCAGUGUAUAUCUUUGAAGAGAACCACGUAGUUCAAGAGAAGGUCUGGUCUGUGCUGGAGUCCCCAAGGGGUGUUUGGAUGCAAGCUGAAAUCCCCUUUAAGAAGCCCAUGCCUACCAAGGUGGUUUUCAUGAGCCUAUGCAAAAGUUUUUGGGACUGUGGACUUGUAGCCCUGGAUGACAUUACGGUAGAAUUGGGAAGCUGCUGGUCUCCAGAGAGACUGCCACCUCCACCUGGAGAGUGUACUUUUGAACAAGAUGAAUGUGCGUUUACUCAGGAGAGAAGAAACCGGAGCAGCUGGCACAAGAGGAGGGGAGAAACUCCCACCUCCUACACAGGACCCAAGGGAGAUCACACUACUGGGGUAGGCUACUACAUGUACAUCGAGGCCUCACACAUGGUGUAUGGACAGAAAGCACAACUCGUGUCCUGGUCUCUGCGAGGAGUCACUGGAAAACACUGUUUGACGUUUUUCUACCACAUGUAUGGAGCAGGGACUGGCCUGCUGAGCGUUUAUUUGAAAAAGGAAGGUGACAGUGGAGAGUCCCUCUUAUGGAGAAGAAGAGGUGAGCAGAGCAUUUCCUGGCUACGAGCGCUGGUUGAAUACAGCUGUGACAGGCAACACCAGAUAAUUUUUGAAGCCAUUCGGGGAGUGUCAAUAAGAAGUGAUAUUGCCAUUGAUGAUAUUAAAUUUCAAGCAGGACCCUGUGCAGAAAUGGAAGAUAUAACUCAGCAAUCAUCAGGGUAUUCUGAGGAUUUAAAUGAAAUUGAGUAUUAAAACGUGAUCUGGAUUGGAUUAACUAAACAAAAGCCAUACCUCUCUUCAAUCAAAAUGAAAAGAAAACAAAUGAAUACUGGACAGUCUUAACCAUUUCAUAAGUUAUAAAAUGACUUCAAGCACUCUUUCCAUUACUUUUGCAAAAAAUACUGACUCAGGGCUUUUUUUUUUUUUUCUUUUUGCAUAUGACAACUGUUACUAGACGUACAGGCUGCUAGUUUUGCAUAGAUCAUUCAUCUUAAUUUUGGUACCAGUUAAAAAUACAAAUGUACUAUAUUGUAGUCAUUUGAAGUAGGCAAAUAGACGGCACAAUCAAAAUGAGAUGUGCUCACUUAAAUCUGCAUUCAGUGAAUGUAUUGGGAGGAGAAUAGGUCUUGUGGGUUUCCUUUUGAAAUUCAAGUAUCGUAAGUAUUUUUAAAGUAAUAAUGUGAGGUGUCAUUCUGCAGAAUGAAUGCAGUUUUUCAUGGUAACAAGUUAGUCUAAGAAAAUGAAGUCUUAUUUUCUGUAUUUUAUUCCUAGAAAUGGAGUAUUAAUUUUUAAAUAUUUUUACCAUAUGUGAUAACAAAGGAUCAUUCAUGAAUGUCCCAGGGUAUGUCAGUAUUAAUUAAUGCUGUAUUACAAGACAAUGCUACCUUCUUUUUUCUUCUUUGAACUACUUUUGAAAGUCACUAUAAACACAUGGAUAUAAAUUGCACUCUUUUUUUGUACAGCAAGCUUGAAAAUGUUUAUGUACACACACCCAAAAAUUUUUAGAAUGUGUUAAAGAAUUUUACUGAUUUUUAUAAUAAAUGUUUUGGUAAGGUUUUGAGUAAUACGAAUUCAAGCAGAUAUACUAAACUACUGCUUUUUAUUUACAUGUUUAGAAAAUUGUAUAUACAUGUUUGUAUACCCAAACAGCUGUUAUGAAAUUAUAAGAUUACCUAAUAAAAGGUAAUUUGAAAAUC